AUGGUUCUGCUCCGAGAUGGCAUCAAGAGCGCCUACCCAGGCACGCGCGUGGACGACCUUGUGGUCCUAGGUUCCGAGACGGAUACCAUGGACCAAGCACCCGUCAUCGUGCCACCCCAGAAGCCGCCCAUGUCUGAGAACCCUCCUCGGUUCAUCAUCAUUGGCGCCGGUUCUCGUGGCCGCAACUAUGCCGAGGCCGCGGUGAAAGCGAGCAAUGGCCUAAUCACCGCCGUUGCUGAGCCACACGACUACAAGCGAGAAAGCCUCGGGAAGAACUUCAUCUGGGGAGAGAAUGAGAAGCCCAAGGAAGGCCAGUCUUUCUCUCACUGGAACGACUUUGUGACCUACGAGUUUGACCGUCGGCGGCGAGUGGCAGCAGGAGAGGAGAAUGUGCCCGAAGGCGUCGACGGCGCCUUCAUCUGCGUCUUGGACGAGAUGCACCGUGAUGUUGUAGUUGCCCUCGCCCCUCUGGGUCUGCACAUCAUGUGUGAGAAGCCCCUCGCCUGUUCGCUUCAGGACUGUCUGGACAUGUACAAGGCAAUCAGACAGCACUCCAGCUCCAAGAUCUUCUCCAUUGGCCACGUCCUCCGGUACAGCCCUCACAACAUCCUGCUGCGCAAGCUGCUCGUCGAGGACCGCGUCAUCGGCGACCUCAACAGUCUAGUCCACACAGAACCCGUUGGCUGGUGGCACUACACGCACUCCUACGUCCGAGGCAACUGGCGAAACGAUAAGACGACCGGCCCUUCCCUGCUGACCAAGAGCUGCCACGACAUCGACCUCAUCCUCUGGCUCCUGUGCUCCCCCGAGAAGGCCGGCCAGGGCGAGCCCCAUCUGCCCUCCACCGUCACCUCCACCGGCGGCCUGCAGUACUUCAAGAAGAGCCGCAAGCCCGCCGCCGCCGGCUCCGCCACAAACUGCAUGCGGUGCCCCCUCGGCGACGAGGGCUGCAAGUACUCGGCCAAGCACAUCUACCUUGGCCCCCAGUUCCGCGGCCUCGGCGCCGGCAACACGCGCUGGCCCAUGAGCGUGGUCAUGCCCGACAUCGAGGACUACCCGACCCACCACGACAAGCAGGCCGCCCUCACCAAGCUCCUGGAGGAGGACUACGACGCCGCCACGACGCCGGCCGCCGAGGUGAGCUCCCGCAACUGGUGGGGCCGCUGCGUCUUCGAGGCGGACAAUAACGUCUGCGACGACGAGUUCGUCACCAUGACCUGGGACGACGGCGCCCGCCCGGCCAAGCGCGCCACCUUCCACAUGGUCGCCCAGACCACCAAGCAGUGCGACCGCUACUCCUACUUCUACGGCGAGCACGGCGAGAUCUACGCCGACUCGUUCAAGAUCACCGUCGAGGACUUCGCCACCAAGAAGACCCGCAGCUACUACCCCAAGAUCGAGGACGUCGGCCACGGCGGCGGCGACAUGGGCCUCACCCGGCAGUUCGUCCUCGCGUGCGACAAGGUCAAGAACCACGCCUGGGAGGCCGAGACGGCGCAGAACGAGCUCAUCGGCUGCACCCUGGAGGAGAUCAUCCGGGCGCACGCCAUGGUCUUCGCGGCCGAAGAGGCUCGGCACGAGAGCAAGGUCCUCAAGUGGGAUGAGUGGUGGGCCAACUCAGUGGCCAAGUAUAUGUGA